UAGAUUACUGUGUGUUUUGUCUGUGAUAUAUGUGUUAUUUGUAAUUGUGGAUUGUAUUUGUGUGUUUGUGUGUGUGAUUUUUUUCGUUGAACCGUGGGUACCCUUAUUUUAUAGAUAACUUUGUAAGUUUUUGAUAUUUUGGCUGUAACUAUUUUUUCCUUUUGAGUAAACCGGCUAGUUGACAUUUAUAAAGUGAAAAUAGCGUGACCUAGAUUUUUUUGGAUUACUUUUUGGAUUUAUUGCUUUAUUUACGAUGAAAUAAAAGCUGUGAGCAUAUCAUUUUGUCACCCGAAACGGCGUCGUCAGGGUCCCCCAAAAUGGAGACGAACGUAGAUAGCACAGCAUCAUACGGGUCAGAGCCAAAGAACGGUCGAAUUGGAAAAAUUGUUUUUACCGUUUCCAAGGAGAAGGCGAUUGAGACCAUUAGGAGGCAUUUGCUCCGCGUGUUCAAACGAGAGCUAGGAAACUUUAUUGAUCACCUGCAUUCUGGCUAUCCUGAUUCGAAACAUCUUACUUUCACUCACGUAUUUUUGCCAUCUGACAAGAACUGGAUUGGGGUUAACGUUAGUGGAUACGAAAAGUUCAAGGAACUACUACAGAAGAAAAAUGCCUCACGGAAUUGCGUCACGACGUGUUUGAACGCAUAUUUUAGGGAACACCGUAUAAGUGAACAAUGUGGUUUAAGAAAGGAGUCAGCAAUCGACUUUAAAUUCCAUCUCAAAACGAAACAGAGCCCCCAGACACCAAGUUUUCCAAUUGCGAAGUCAAAGGAAAUCACUGAGCUUAAGGACGUAUCUUUUGUUUUCGACCACCCAUCGGAUGUUGCUACCGACAGUUUAUUUAUCAGAGGUUCCUUAACCGAUCUAAUCAAUGGCCAACUGCAUGGAAAACCAAUGUGUAACAUUACCUUUGCAUUUACACAGUCUGAAAUCGACGAGGUCAAUGGAAAAAUAUACCAUUACGAACUGCACAAAGCAUCAAAACUAUCAAAUAAUAAUCCUGAAAUAAUUCAUGUGGAUUAUAAAUUAAAAGUGGAAUCAUCGGUUGUCCAUAGGGAUUGUUUUAAAGACACUUCUGGGCAAUUAUUCGAUUUGAUUUCGAGUAAGGAAUAUGAUCCGAAUCAAGUGUGCGCGCAAGUAGAUCGCUUAAAUAGGUAUUAUCUCAAUUCAGAACGUGACAGGGUAAUAGCUGUUAAAGCUGUUAUUGAAAGAAUUUCGUUUGCCAGCAAAAAUAUGAUUCCGGGGCUGAACCUUUUCCUUGUUAUUGAAAGGGUAUUUAAAAAUCAGUAUCAUAUCAUGGAAACUGUUUUUAGUUCGGAACAGGCUGCGGCAUUGAUAGCGAUAUUACUGGAUAUGUCAAUUAGUGACUUCCCAGAUAGGUGUCAAACAAAUAUGCUGACUAUCAGUCAGGAAGUAUUUAAAAUAGCGAUUGGAAGUACAUUUUCUAUGGCCGCAUAUCUGAACUGCGUUUGGGAAAGUUGUUUGGGAAAGAAGCAUAAGAUUGAUGUUGUUGAGAAUUAUUUGAAAAAGAAUCCAUCAGACCGUGUUAUUCUUUAUAGUGAUCAAAAAGAACUGAAUAUAUUAUGCAACACUAUAUUUCAAGACGUCCUUAAAGGAAUUGACCAAAUUUGGAGCAUUUUUGAGGAACUCUUUAAAAACUUGCCGCAAGAGAACGCAUUUAAUGUUCUAGUUCAUAUUACUAGAAAAACGGAAGGUAAUUUCGAAGGUAAUUUUACCAACAGGAUAGAAACGCUUUUGCCGCAUGUUUUUGACUACGUAAAGAAAUAUAUUUCGGAAAGAAGUCCGGAAGAUGAUCUUGACUCAUUUGUGGAUUUUAUUUGGACAUUGAAAACCAUUCCAGGAUGUGUCAAUGAUGAAAUGAGAGGUCGUAUUGAGGAACUGUUGCUUAAGUAUCUUCAAAUACAUCGUGUCAAAUGUUCGUCCAAGAUGUUUGAACAUAUACUACGUAUUCUUGACAGUGAAUUCGUAUUUGUUGCUUCUGGUAGGAAAAAAGAACUUUUGCUGGCUAUGGCAAGUUCUAAAUCAAAACUUGUGCGUGAUAAUUUUUGUCAUAUUUGCCACAGUUUUAAAGAUUUAAAGGUGCCCUUUCAAGAUAUUCUUGUUUCAAUUCCGGAAGAAACAACCACACAACUUAUAAUAACCAAUAUUUGCGAGCUUGAAGAAGAAUGCCAAAACGAUGAUGAAUUAUUAUAUGACAUUUUCAAACAUUUGAAAUGGCUUUUGGAAUCAUUUGAGCAAUUAACAUACGACGAGAAUAAGAUUCUUGAACAAUGUUUAUCAGUUAUAAAACGCUCAACGUUGGAAAGUAUAAUGGAUGUUACAAAGAGCAUGGAUACAACAUUUAAACAGUUUCAAAGCGUUGUUGAUAUUCUUACAAAAGGCAUAUCUGACUCAAUUAACGACAGGUGUCAUCGAACUCAAACAAAGCCGUGUGACAUUGUUACGCGAAUGGAACGAGAGGGAAAACUGAUCAUCGAUUCAAGAGCUGAACUUCGGGUCGUUUGUCAGCUUAUUGAGUGUUGUAGUACAAAUCAUUCAGAAGACGACUGUUUUGCAAUUUUCGAUGAACAAACUCGACAUUCAGUUUUCUGGGAAAGUAUUGCUCAAGCAGAAGGUCGAAUGAGUACAGAACUUCAUGAAUUGAAUGUAUACCAGCGUAUCACGCAAGCCAUUCAAGAUGUAGCAAACCAGUACAAAUCAAGAGAAAUAUUCAUAGAUAAGUGCGAAACCAUUGUAAAAACAAAUGUUAAGCGUUUACUAAAGAUCUACAACGUUUCCGAGGAUGACAUCAAAGAAAUAUUGGACAUUAUAAAACAAAAGAAAAUGCGAACAAAAGAAUAUGUCACUAUCGUAAUUGACUUUUUAAAUUGUUGUACGGCACGUUUUCCGUCCUUACUAGGCAUUAACGAAGGCUUAUCGUUUUCACAAAAACUCAUGGAACGACUUGAUACCGGAGCAAUGAGCCUAAAAGAUUACAAAUCGAAAGCAUUUUGGGAAGACUAUGAGGAUUUGUCAGACAUAUCUUCGGACCUUUUUCAAGUUGUUAAGUCUGAUGUGUUUUGGAUUGUUAACGAUGAGAACAUCAGUCUUUUCGUUUCACUCAAUGAGCGAUUAGAAAAACAAUCAUCCUUAGAAGGAAAUGUGGCAAUAGAUCUCAUCCAGAACUUAAAGGAAUUUCUUGGAAAAGAGUGCUUACAAAAGUAUCAAAAUGCAUGGAAGAGACUAAACAAUACUGCAAAUAUAACGAUGAAGGAAGUGUCGGAAAUACUUGAAACGAACUGUGAAAUGAAAGAGGAAAUUAGUAUAUUUGAAAAGUUAUAUGCACCACAGACUCUUUCAGACGACGUGAAAGACGCUUUGCUGAACCUUUCCGAUAGGGAAAAACUUCCGAAAUUAGUAUCAGCAAUCGACGCAUUUGUCAAAACAUUUACAAUUGAUAUGACUGGUGAUGACCGAAUUACAAAAAGCAUGGACAUUCUUAAUAACUUUACCUCUGACGUUAACAGCGACAUAAGUCUUUCGUCCGUAAUAGAAGAUUUAUACAGGGUGACACAGUUAACAGAGUGUGUUAACCGGAAAACCCUUAUUAUCAUACAAGCACUUGGAAAAUCCGUUCGACUUGUUGAUUUCAUACGACAAAUUGAUAUUGAAAAUGUCCGAACAUUAUACGAUGCAGUGGACUAUAUCUCAGAGACAAAUAUUGAAAAAGAAACAAUCAAAUCGCUGCAAGAUGUAGUCAUAUUUUUGAAUCCAAUACUAAAAAAGAUAACGGAGAAAAUAUCUCUUGAUGAGAUAUUGCAUGAUAUGCAAGACCGAAUCAAUACUGUUAAAGAUGAAAAGCUUGAUAGCAAAGUCAACGAUUGCAACAGUAAUGUAUAUACACUAACAUACCUUUAUAAAAAUGUUGCCAAUCGAGAAGAGCAAACGAUAGACGUUAUCUCCAAGAUAGAACAAAAUGGUAUGUUUAGUUUUGAAAUACACAGCCGAUGUAGCACUGUUACUCUCAGUGUGUACUACAAUGACACUGUCAGUCAAAAUAAAAUCCAACGAGGUGAAAAUAAAAUGAAUGAUUUGCGAAGUAGAACUCUUUUACUGAAGAAUUCACUCAACGAAAAUGAACAUCUGCUAAAUUUAAAUUCAUUUCUUUCAAAAAUAGAAACAGCAUUCGAAAUAAAGAAUAUUAUGGAAGCUAUAUUAGAUUCAGGAUGCACCUUGGACCCUGUACUUGUGCAGGGAUCUGCGUUAUAUUCCGUAAAGAGAAAGUUAUCAGAACAGCUUUUAGACUGGAAAACGAAGAUAGACCAUGCAAGAAUGCAAUAUUUUCUGCUGACCUUUGUGCAAGGUCGUAAAAUAAAUAUUCUCAUAGAAUAUCUUCAAAAUAAAAACCCGCACUCAAAAGGAGAUGAAGAUGAAGUAACUACUAUACUUCAAUUUAUAUAUUCCGGUUUCGAGGUAAGCUAUCUUCAAACUGCCUACGAUAAAACAGAAAACGAUUGUGAUAUCAGUAGACUUGGAUGCGCCCUUCAUAAAGUUUAUAACGACAAAUUCCCAACUGACUCCUGUAAUGAUUCCUUCGAAAUGGAGGUUGAAAAAUGCAAAAAGUCAUCAUAUUUCUUAAAAAGUAAUAUUUGUUUCGUGCGCUUAAGCAAAAACAAUUCAGACGUACUUCGAACAAUCACGACAUUAUACAUGCAGGAUUGCGGGCGGAUGCCUUUAAGGCAUGAACUGAUAACGUGUUCAACAUGGACAUCAUGGGAGGAGCUACAGUCCCUCGUAAUGCGAUGUAAACGGAGUUCAGAAUUCAAGCACGUGGAAACCUCAUUGUUCUGUAUAGCUAAUAUCGAAAUGCUUUCAGCUGAUUUACAGUCAAAACUGAUACAAGAAUUAGUGACUUUUGUGAAACACAAGCAGGGCCGAAUCGCGAUAAUAUGCCGAUUGAUAAGUUUACAUCCGUUUGUACAGACACUUUCUGAACACGAGGUCCAACCGGAACUACUGACCACUUCACAAAUGUCAAAUAGCUUGAAACAACACUACAAAGAUAUAAAGAUAUUCACUUCUGCUACAGCUGGACAAGGAAAGACUACGGCCAUUGUGCAAAAAGCGAGGUCACAUGGAAAGAGUAUUCGCACGCUUCACAUAAGUGGACAAUUCAAUGAAAAAAAUACUCUUAUGCGACUGAACGAGUUACGAAUCCAAUCGUGGCACGUUCUGCACAUCGAUAUAGGCGAAACUUGUAACAUUGACGAACUUGAUCAAUUUAUCUUUAGACUUGUGGUUCUAAAGUAUGCUUCUGUGGAUUCAACAGCAUUUUUUCUUUCUUCAGAAAUUGUUUGUAUAGAAAUAGCGUCAUCACAUGAUACACUAUUUAAAACAGGUUUUAAGGCGACGAUGAUGUUUGAUGAAAUCCCUUUAGACGCAGAUCCUAUAUCGCGUUUGGUCAUUAGUGAAGAAACAUUUAGUCCUAUUCAAGUUGUCUCACAUUAUUUAAAACUUUUAGAAGAUGGAAAAAUUAAUAAUGAAGAUUUCACUUUCCAGCAAAUACCUGUCGAUGGAGAGCUUUGUAAAAACCUGUUGCGAAAAUAUAUUCCGGAUGGUCGAAACUUGUCAUUCAGCCAGAUUCAGGUAUUCGUUUGUAUACUAGCUGACCAGUUAAAGCGGUUUACGUUAAGCAAUUUCUUCAAAGUAAAUAUCCUCAAGGAAGGCAAUGAUAACCUAGUAAGAAAAUCAAUUUUGGAAACUAUCAUUCAAAUGGCAAAUGAUAUCGCUGCUAGACCUGUGCAGUUUUCUGAGAAUGCAAGCACAGGAGUUAAUUAUGUGAUAGCAAAUUUGAAACGAAUAGAACGUUGGGACCAGAGAAAUCCAUUUGCUUGCGUUUUCAAUGAUUCAAAUGAACAGACGAUUACAGUCUUAUAUAGAUCGGAAAACGAGCUUCCCUAUAACAUUUUUAACUUACUGCAUCAUCAGUUACACCAAGGGCCACCUAAAUAUACAGAAAUGACCCAGGAACAGUUAUACGACGUAUUGCAUCGGAUCCUGGGGACGACAUCGGAAAUUCCAGAUGAUUACGUUUUGACACCUGACAAUUUAUUAAAGAUGACAUUAAUCAUGCUGCGAAUUUGGGCUUCUGUACCAGUUGUCAUAAUGGGAGAAACUGGCUGUGGCAAAACGUCAUUGAUCAGAGUCCUUGCUCACGCAUGCCGUGUUCCAUGUCGAGUAUUUCGGUUACACGCCGGAAUUAAGGAAACAAAAAUAUUGGAGUUUCUGAUUGAAGAAAACAAUGAAUGUAAAAAGAACCCUUUCGAACAAAGGUGGCUAUUUAUUGAUGAAUUGAAUACGACUGAAUGCAUUGGAGUUAUCUCCGAUUUAAUAAGCCACGGAAUGGUUCAUGGAGAAUUACUUGCUCCUAACUUAAAGAUAGUAGGUGCGUGUAACCCAUAUAAGAAACGUAGUAUUCUACCAUCUCAAGCAGGUGGCAUCAACACAAAGCUACAAAAUGAUCCACUGUCUGAGUUAGAGUAUAGAGUUGUUCCUUUGCCCCAGUCAGUUUUACAGUAUGUUUGGGAUUUCGGAAGUUUAAUGGAAAAAGACGAACACGAGUAUAUUCAUGCAAUGGUAUAUACAUUGUGUAAGGAUUCUGAAAUUAAAGUAAGUAUUGUUGAUGCCAUUACGAGGUCUCAAGUAUUUAUAAAAUCAAGAAAAGAAUACACAUCAGCAGUUAGCCUUCGUGAUGUGAAUAGAUGUUUAAAGCUGAUGCAUUGGUUUUACGAUCUGCAAAACCUUUUGGGUAAGAACAAGGAUGAACAUCAAGCAGUAAUUUUAGCAUUAGUGUUAACAUAUCAGAUGAGAUUUCGGGAACGAUGCAUUAGGCAGGAGUACGAAAAAGUGAUCGCAACCCCAUUUUCUAUCUCUGGACAUGAGGUUGCAAACAUAAUUCAGAGUGCUCAAAAAGCCAUUGUUUCAGAAAUGGAAUUUCCUGAAGGCACUGCCAUAAAUUCCAUUCUAUGCGAUAACAUAUUUGUGUUACUAGUAUGCAUCAUCAACAAAAUACCAGUCAUGUUAGUUGGAAAGCCAGGGAGUAGCAAAUCGCUGUCUAUUCAAAUAAUUCAAAAUAAUUUAAGAGGUUUAGAUUCAAAAAGUCCGCUGUUUCAGAACUAUCCUUGUUUGAUUUCUGUUCCUUACCAAGGUAGUGAGACAGCAACAUCUGAUGGAAUAGAAGAAGUCUUUAAGAAAGCAGUAAGCCGACAACAUUCUGAAAAUGACGUCAUUGCUGUUGUAAUUUUAGAUGAAAUCGGGUUAUCUGAAGUAUCGCCAUUUAACCCACUGAAGGUUCUUCAUUCCCGCCUUGAGCCAUACGAAGGAGGUAAACCUGAAGUGGCCGUAGUCGGACUAUCUAAUUGGGCACUUGAUGCAGCGAAAAUGAAUAGGGCAAUUCAUAUCUACAUCCCAGAUAUGGAUGAGGAUGAACUUAUCUCAACAGCACGCGAAUUACGAAAGUCCUUUCCAAAAUACUCCAAAUUUGACCAACAGGAAGAAAACGACUUUAAAAAACUUGCAAAAGCAUACUUGAGGUAUACAACGGAAAUAGUCAAUAACGGAAACUAUAUGUAUGGUCUACGAGAUUUUUAUGCUCUGAUAAAACAUUUGGUAAGAAACCAAGCACUUAAGGGCGAAAACAAAAGCCUUGUUAUGCUAGAAGGAUUUCAAAGAAAUUUCAAUGGACUGCCAGAAGGCAACAUUUUUGUUAAAAUGUUUUUUCAAGAGGAUACAUUACCUUUAAUUCCGAUUACAAACCUAAUAAGAAGCAAUAUAAAUGACCCAUUAGCAAGACACCUGAUGAUUAUUUCCCGGGGAAAUAUAAGCAUAAAUAUUGUUGAAAACAUAGUUGACAACAUUUUAAAAAGACGAAAAGAAGUAAUUGUUGGUAGUUGCUUCAAAGAUGAUUUAAAUGACGAAUACUAUUACAGAGUGUUGAGUAGAAUUAUAUUUUGCAUGGAACAAGGACACGUAUUGAUUUUAAAGAAUCUGGACCCUUUAUAUGGAAGCUUAUAUGACAUGCUUAAUCAACGAUAUACGACUGUUGCAAAUAGGAAAACAUGCCGCGUCGCACUUGGUCAGUACACAAAUCCCUUUUGUCAUGUUGCUGAUGGAUUUCGGUGCAUCGUUUUUGUAGACGAAUUUGCAUUAAAUAAAAGUGAUCCCCCGUUCCUUAACAGAUUCGAAAAACAGCUGUUAUGUGCCUCAAACAUUCUGAACAAACAGCAAACAAAUGUGCACCAAAAGGUAGCAAAUUGGAUAAAAGCUCUGUCAUGUGAUAAUGUUGUCACAAGUUGUUUCCCGUGUUUUGACGAGGAAAGCAUUAUUUCGUUAGUAAGCUAUGCUACAUCUGUUAACAAGGAUACUGAGCAAAGUUUCGAAUUGUGUCGGAAUUUGUUGUUAUGGCUUCUUUUGCCUGAUGCUUUUGUUAGAGCGCAUGAAGUACUAAAAGCAGAAGAGCAGGCAAAUAUAUAUCUGUCUCUACCAAUACAUGAAGGGCUCGAAAGUUACAUACAAUUUCAACAAUCAGGGCAAGAAGCAACGCUUUCCAUUGAACUUACUAUGGUCUUCACUUUCUGCAACAUCCAUUCAAGUCUUCACAUACCUAACGCCGUCAAUUUAUGUUCAUUUCAGUCAGAAAAGCAGUUUACUGAAAUGGUUAAACUAUUUUUGACGGAGACAGGUUCUGAUUUGAUCAUUCAGUGUGACGUUGUUUCGGACAUAAAAUUAAUUCCAUUAGCCCGAUUUAUAUUAGACCGAUUGAAAACCGAGGUGAAGUCACAGAUAAAUACAUCAAAGCGUAUAUAUUUUGUUAUGCAUUGCCGAACACAGAAACUUUCCAACACUAUUACUGAGUCUUCAGAUUGUGUGUCUGGGCGGAAGUUGUCGAUAUAUGCCAUAAACUUCCUAUCUGGCUGGAAGUAUGUUACUAUUGAUACCAUCGAAAAACCAAGUUGCACUAUUCCAUACUUUUUGCGAACGUGUCUCUUGGAAAGUAUGGAAACAUUAAAGCCAAUUGAAGUAAUUAUUAGAGAAGAGCUGUUUUGGUCAUUUACUAGGAUACACUAUUCGGUUAAUGGACGUUCAAUUGAUGACAUCGUCUAUUUAGUAACCAGAAUAAGGGACAAAGGAAGCAUGAUCUACAAAAUUAUAGCAGAUCUAGUUUUGAGUAACAUACAGAAAAGGUACGCUCAAAUAAGUUCAGAAUGGGUGUACUCUGUUGCAAACGACCAACUGAUGCUUCUCUCGAGUCAAUCCUUUAUACAGGCUUUAGAACAAUACCUCAUUUCAGUCGUCAAAAAGGAAAUAGCUAAAGUGGUGUAUUGUUUUGAAAAAUUCGGAUUUUUUUCAAAUAUUGAAAAACUAUCAAACACCGUUGAAUUUGCUUCAAAGCAAAAACUGUUAUCAAUUUCAUCUAUUGGAGAUGAGACUGGGCCAGGGUGCUAUAUUUGUACAGCACCAAAUCUAAACUAUCAAUCAGCGUUCAGUCAUUUUAUUUAUGAACGUCUUGAAUUGUCAAAAUCGGAUUUCAUCAAGCAUUUGAAUUCGGUUCAAUGGAAACGUGGGUGUAUAAGACAGAUUCUCCAAAGCGCAGAAGUGACCCUUGUUUCAAAAUGUCAAACGAUGAAUGAGUUUACUAAAGACAUAGAAGGCUAUGAACAUGAUUAUUUCUUAUUAUUCGUACAUCAGUUAAACCCCCAUUAUGGACAAGACAGCAUUAAACUUCUUAAAGUAGUUUUCAAUGCAUUUUGGAAUAUAAGUACGAUGAAGAAUAACAAAGAAAAAGUUCUAUUUUUGCACUACACUGGUUGGAUUUUCUAUCACGAAUGGUCGACUAUUAUAGAAAUGUUUGACGCAUUUCGACAGUUUAAUCAGGACGAAGCUGUUGGUUUGAUUGAUCAUUUGAAGAAAAAACAAAAGAAAGGCGAAUCGCCCGAAUCAGUCCUAGAAGACAUUAUUUGCAACAGGCCAGGACCUUAUCGCGAAGUGUUUUCCGAUGUAGUUGAUUACAUAGGUAAAAGUAUUUUGCCAACAAAUGUACAAAGUGACCUGCACCGGUGGCAUGAAUUGGUUCAACAUUUUGUAUAUGAAGCCGAAAGCAUAUCUGAGCAAUCAAGAUCUCUACCUUCUCUCCAGCUAUGUAUGGAAAUAUUCUGUCACAGAAAAGGGUUUGAAAGUGAGUUCGAAGUUUUAUUUAGUAACUUAUGCGUACAACUCAGAGCACAAAGCGUCGAUUCGCCGCCAGUUUUGGACGCUGUUAUGUCCAUAAUAACUUCUAUCAAAGAUUCACCAGAUGGUACAAGAACAGCUUCCAUUCAAAGAGUUGUUCGUCAAUGCAUUAUAAGUUGUCAAAUGUGUGACGAGCAUUCCAGCAUACACAAGUGGUUCAUAGAAGGUAUUAAAAGUAAAAAUUUACCAAACAAUGAAUUGUUUAGAAUCAAUGCGAUGAUCGUACACUUGCUUGAAAACAACCAAGGCAGUAUACUGGAAAAAGACAUGGAUGACUGCAAUAGGUCAGGAACAUUCUACCAAAUUCUGAACGAAUGCCUGACAAGUAUUUAUAACGAGCAGAGGUUUCAAUUUAUUAUUUUAGUCAUAGAUAUUUUUGAAUCUAUUAUUCUUGAAACAUUUAAAGAUCAGAUAUCAAAAGAACUACUUAACGAUGUAGGCUUGUCGCUACUAGAACGGAAAAUAGGCUUAAGAUAUUUCAUAAGCAUAUCUUAUAUGCGUGCCAUUGUAAGAUGUAUAUCUAUAAAUCCCGAAGUCAUAGAUGAGGUCCUUCCAGAAGUAAUAAAGAUUGUAAUGUCUUUGAGACAGGAAGACAUUUUUCAUGAUCUCUUCAGAUUUACUGACGACGUAAUGAAAAAUGGUAGUGACAGACAUGUUUUAAAGGAUACAUUGGAAAGAGCAAACUAUCAUGGUAAUCAGUCGAUUCAUUUCAACCCUACAACAUUAUAUUUACUUUGCCAGUCUGAAGGUCAAGAAAAGAACCAAGAAAUACUUCAACGGCUCACUAUGAAUGUGCAUUCUGAUUUAGAUAUCAAAACAGAUGAGCCCAUAAGCAACAUAAUUUAUUUCUGGUUUAUAAUGGAAAAUGUGUAUUGUAAGAAUGUGGACAGUUUCGUUUCAAACGGAGAAAAAACCAAAUGCAAAGAGUUGCGAACUAUCUUAAAAUUUGAAGAACUGAUUGGUAAUACGCAUUAUUUUAUGGAGAGAGUUUUUGGAAAAAUGGAUUUUCGCGUACCGCAGCUAAAUGCUAACACAAGUAUGACAUAUGAUGACUCUAUAAUAGCGGCUUUCCUUAUAUCAGCUUCUGCCUUAAUUUUCUUUGAAAAAUGUGGUAUUGCUGACAACUCUAUUUUAAAAUUAUGCCUUCAAAAUCCACUUAAAUUAAAUUUUAAACUUCCUAUUGCAUCGCCGAUAAAUAUGUUAAAUGGACAAUCGAACUUGAAUAUUCCUUGCUAUGACGUGUAUACUUGUACCUGCCAAACGACAAUAGUAUGUUUCGAAGAUCAGAAGAAAACAAGAUGCAUUUCAUGUGGUAAUUCUGAAUAUUUACGAAAGGAUGCAGCCAGCUGUCACAUUAUUGGGGAAACAAAAGAUAAAAAUGUAUUUCAAAAAAUGUCAUUGCUAUCAAAGGAAAUAGUUUUAUUCAUUUUGAAAGGACUGAUCUUAUCCAGCUUAGCCAACGAUUUAGUUAAAGAAGAAAAUCUAAAGACAUUGUUUCAGUCAGAGUGCACACAUGAAUACAUAUGGAAUGACAUAUGCUGCCAUUGGGGUAAUAUUCGGUCCACUUUUAACCUCGAUAGCUUUGAUACGGGUCUGUUAUUGUACAAACUUGUGGUUAAAUCGGACAAAAAACAGGCGCCAUGGAUCUUCGCGGACCGAAACUUUGAAGGUUUGGAUGAAGAGGUUUCCGGUGUGUUUAAAAAGCGUCAUACAUAUUUGGAACGCUUCAAGCAAAAGCUUGAGUCAAUACGACAUGAUUCGACUGUUGACGGACACGAUAACACAUUUUUUCGCUGCGUCUUUAGAAAAAUGUCAUUUCCAAAAUUGGAAGAAUGUGUUUGGAUUGCAAGUCUCAAAGAGCGUAAAUUUCCCUUUCUGAAAUUCGUAAUGGAUAAUCAAGUUCUUCUUCAAUUGCCAUGUCACUUAGUCAGAGUUAUAAAUUGGCAUAUGUCCGUAUUCCGUAACACAGGUAGAUAUCAAAUAAAGCGUGACAUAACUAUUGAAAAGUACCUUCGAAUUUUGUCGAAAGAUGAUAAUGUGUCAUCUAGUGAUUCAACAUUUGACAAACUUCUGGAGUCCUGGGCUAUACUAAGAACCUGUGGCAUUCCAUUUCCUUUUGAAGAAUUAAGUUUAGAAACAAAGAUUCACAACAGUAUCAUCUUGAAUGGAAAUGGGCAAAUCGAUCGAGUAUUUAAUUUCCUUAUUGAAAUUCAAAAUCGUUCUCUAGCUGAGUGCGGAAAACUGGCCAGUCAGUGUAAAUGCCUUGAAUUUUUGUUGAGGGACAAAUGUGCCUGUUUAAAAGGAACAUCAGUGUUAGAAAUAAAAGAGCACGAACUUCUACAUCUUAAUGCUGAAUGGACUCAUAUUAUUGAAGAUGAAUCACAUAGCGGUCUUUCAGAAAAAGAUGGCAGAAAGGUUUACUAUGACUUUUAUAGUAUCGAGAAAGCAUUAGUAAGUCAUCUUGUUAUUGGCAAAAAGUAUAUUAUACAUCGUGAGAUGCCACAUGUUGUAUUUGCUGACGAAUUUUACAAAAAUAUCUGCACUCUCCUCAAAGACGUUUCUGAAAACAUACGUCAGGAGCCAUUACCACAAGAGAUAGAAUCACAGUUUAGGACUAAAUGUGAGCAGGAUGUUUGCCUAGCAUCAGAAAUACUAAGUCAUAUAGGUCUUGCAUGCGCUUUACUAAAGACAACCAAGGAUGAUCCUAUUUCUUCUUUCCAAGACUUUACUUGCCGUCAAAAUGUUCUAAAACAUUUCCCCGAUUCAUGCUUUCCGGACACUUCAAUGACUUUAAAGCUUUGCCAUUCUGUUGCGUUGCACGAAUUAAUGGAGGAAGUUUACGUUGAUUCGAAAUUAUUGACUCUUGUUGUAGAUAAAAAACUGUUCGAAGGUUUUUUAAAUAAGUACCUAAAACAAUUCCGGGUUGAAGAACUGGAAUUUCUGCAAAAGGCCUUGAAGCGUUUUGUCUACAGAAAAGGCGAUACUGAUGCUUUGGACGAUCAACGUGUUAUCAAUCUACUUUCCGAGCCAUGCUUUUGGUCAAGUCAGACGAUGAUUAACGGCGUUGUAAGAUUUAAAGACAGGGAAUUAAAGUUGACUGAACUGAUCCAUAAUGACCUAAGGGUGAAAGAUAUUGCCUCCAUGAUUGGCAGUAUACAAGGAUGUUUAAAGGAGAAGCAGGAGAAACGAAAAAUUCCAGUUGUUGUUUCAAAGUCAGAGACACGAGACCCCAAGGUUUUUGUUCCUCGUAGAAAAGCCAGUAAAAUAGGGAAAAUAUAGACCAGUUACGUGUGUGUAACCAGGAGAGCACCAUGAAAUAUUUAACCAAGCACGAACGCCAUUUAGACGUUUUUUUUAAAUCAAUAUGUGUUCGCUAAUGAUAUGUAUAGUAUAUUAUAUUGGACCACGCCCGUUGCAUUAUAUUUUACUGCAUAUCAGAGCGACCGAGUAAGUAAAGCUUUCGAAAGAUAAAGAAGAGAUGAAGUUUACUUUUCGAGUAUUCAGAUGCCUUAAAGCGUCAUUGCUAUUUAAUAUAUGUGUUAUAUAUUUACCGUAAAUAACUGUAUGUUUACAAUUGCCUUAAUUGUUUAUUGAGGCGUUAUGCGAAUAUCUAGUAGAUCAGUAAAACAAUCAUAGUUUCGUAUGUAUAUUUGCUGUAUAUUGCUUUUUUAACGAAAAAAUAUGUAAUGCCUUUAAGAUUUGUAAUGUGUAAAUGCGUAUAUAAAUAUAUUUCAAUUUGCCAUUUUACCAGUUUGUAGACAACUAUAUCAGUAUUCAUUUUAUGACUAUAUAGUCUAAUAUUCUAAUUGAUUGUUCAUAAAUUGCAAAAUUAGAAAGGUAAAUAGUCUUAAAUAUUGAUAGCGUGAGAUUGAGAUUAUUGAAGCAUGCAUCCUUCUUGUAUCCAAAAGUUUUAUUUUUUAUUAAUACUAAUGUAAUGUACAUUUGAAAUUAUAUAAGUGUCCUUUAAUUGUAGAUACACAUUGUAUUAUGACAAUUUAAUAUUCUGGUGUGUCAUUUGAAACAAGAGUUUGUAAAAUAAUAUCUUGAUCGUGCCUUUGACCAUUAUAAUUCAACAUUUAACCAAUUGACAUGUAAAUAAUAUGUUUGCUGUGUAUUCAAUUAACACCUAAGAAUGCAGUGUUUGUAAAUAUUGCAGAUAUAAUAUGUUGUAUUGCUUUCUAUAUAUACUUCGUCUGAUUUUUCUUCCUUAUAAUUUCACAUCAUAUAUUUUUAUUAUUAUUGUAUAAUCUACCAGCAUAUAUUGAGGCUGAUUACUCACAUAAACAUACUAAUAUGUACUAUGUUAACAUGGUCUGGCUUUCGUUAGUUUAUGAUUCUUCAAUAUCAAUUUCAUGUUUCUUUUUUGUGAAAAUAUAUAUGUUUUUUAAGUAUUGUAUCGCUAUGGGUUUAUAUUAAUAUCAAUUAAAGCGUUCAUUUUUAUGAGCUAGACAUAAAAGUAUGUACAUAGAAAAUUUAAUUCAAAUAAUCUUAUCUAAUUUAAUUUGAUAUCGAAUGAAAUAAAUGGA